AUGGCUGCCGUAGCGACGAACCUCAAGGCGACACCGUGGUAUCGCCGUCUGCUCGGUCCCGAACUCAUCCAAUGUUACUCGGCCUGCGACAGCGAAAUGAAGGUCGUGCCAGUUGAGUCCGUUCUCGGAAAUCCCGAUUCGAACCUGGAGAUCGUGGGGCUGUAUUUCACCCCGAUUUUCGCCAUGGAUGAAGGCAACGUCAUGGCCAAGCUGCUGGAUUUGUACCGGCGCGUGAACGAAGGCGGCGGCGUCCCCAGGGAAGGCCAGGCAGGGGGCGGCGGGAGACUUGAGAUCGUCCAAAUUGUGCUCCAGACGAAUGUGGACUGCGUUGUCACCCUUACAGAUGUUGAGGAAACUUUCAGGAAAUUAGUGAAGGAUGUCCCUUGGUUUGCAGUUCCCUACAGAGAUUUUCAGAGGAAGGUGAGUCAACAUAAACAAAACUUUUCAUUGAUCUGA